AUGCGUUGGUCCCAGGAAGAGCCCGUGUGGUUCUCCAUGUCCAGGACCAACACAGCAGAGUCUCCCGCCACGGCUCCCAACGGGUCGGCAGGCCCAGUGACCUCCCAAGGGGCACCCUGCCAGGCCACCCGUGGGUCCUCUGCCUGCCGGCCCCUGCUGCUCCUGCUGUGGACGUGGCCAUUCCACCACCCUGUGGCUCUGUCCCCCUGCUCAGAUAUGUGGCCGGGCACGACCGACUGCCGGAUGACUGCCAACCGCAGCGUGUACCCUGAGGCAGACGCAGUCCUGGUGCAUCACCGAGAGGUCAGCUACAGGCCGAAGGAGCAGCUCCCGACGUCCCCUCGGCCACCUGGCCAGCGCUGGGUCUGGUUCAGCAUGGAAUCGCCCAGCCACUGCGCUCAGCUGAAGGCCUUGGAUGGAUAUUUCAAUCUCACCAUGUCCUACCGCAGAGACUCGGACAUCUUCACGCCCUACGGCUGGCUGGAGCCAUGGCCGGGCCAGCCAGCCGCGCCCCUGGUCAACCUCUCGGCCAAGACCGAGCUGGUGGCCUGGGUGGUGUCCAACUGGAGGGAGGACUCGGUAAGGGUGCGGUACUACCACAAGCUGCAAGCUCACGUCCAAGUGGAUGUGUAUGGACAGCGCCACAAGCCUCUGCCACAGAGGAACAUGAUCCAGACGCUGUCCCAAUACAAGUUCUACCUGGCUUUCGAGAACUCCUUGCAUCGCGACUACAUCACGGAGAAGCUGUGGAGGAAUGCCCUGGACGCCUGGGCCGUGCCCGUGGUGCUGGGCCCCAGCAGGAAGAGCUAUGAACAAUUCCUGCCUGCCGACGCCUUCAUCCACGUCGACGACUUCCAGAACCCCAAGGACCUGGCCCAGUACCUGCUGUCCCUGGACAAGGACGACGCCCGCUACCUCGCCUACUUCCGCUGGCGGGAGACACUGCGGCCUCGCACCUUCAGCUGGUCCCUGAUGUUCUGCAAAGCCUGCUGGCGGCUGCAACAGGAGUCCGCCUACCAGACGGUGCCCAGCAUAGCCUCCUGGUUCACCUGA